AUGGCGGUGGCGAUAGUCAUGUGCGUGGUCUUCUACUUCCGCCCCGGCGAGCCCCUGGGCCUGAGGGCCUGCCAGCUGGUGCCGCCCCUGGCGGGCGGUCGAGCGUUCCAGCGGAGGUGGGCCCUUGUGCAGCGUCCCAUGGAGCUCGGGCGGCCGUCCAAGACAAACCGCUGGGGCGACUCGCGAAUGCUCGACCUCGACGAUCGCCAGUUCCUGGCCCCCGUGCUGGCCCGGCUGCGCGGGCCCGGCGAAGGGUCCGAGCGCAAGCUGUUCGGCUUCGACUACCCGACCUGGGCGCGAGAGCACCGCCGAGCCAGCCUGGGGCUGGGGCUGGGGCCGGUGGGCCCGCCGACCCUCCACGGCCUUCGGCGCGCAGGGGCCUGCCUGGGCUGCGCCCUCGGCCGCCGCGCGGUGCUCGAGAUCAAGCAUCGCGGCAACUGGGCAGCCCCCAAUCCGGUGAGGAGGUACCAGAAGGCUGGGCGCCUGGUCGAGCAGCUGCACCAGCUCUCCCCCGGCGCGCGCCAGGCCGCGCUCCAAUGCGCCGCGCAGAUAGGCGGCAUCCUGGCCGGGCGCUGGCUUUCCUGA